CAUACCCUUUCGAGGAAUUCCCUAUCUGAAAUUUCCCGGGUGAUAAGUUUUCUGGAAUCUGAAGAGAAAGAGAACACCAAUAUUGCAACAGCAUAAAGGAAAUAAUCAAAUCUAUGAUACUGCGUAUUCUGAGGUCUACUCAUUGGUUGAAGGACUUUCCUAAAUUGCGCAUUUCUUGCAUUUUCCAGCUGCAACACAAAAUGGCGGGAACGCAGGCUGGUUCGGAUAACAAUACCAAAGACAGCCCUGAAGAGUCCAACAAUAUAUUCUGCUUUGAACUCAAAGGCGGGCCAUUUUAUUUCACCGUACAGAAUGCUAGCGAGAUAGGCUCCAAGCGCCAGAAAUUUCACUAUCCGCAGGAGCUUCAAAACUGCAAGGAAGUUUUAGGAAUGUCAUCUUUCGCCGUCAGCACUGAUGGGAAAAAUACAACAAAUGGAUUACACUCGAUCAAAUCUUCAGUGGUUCAUAAUAUGAUCAGGCAUUACAGCAUGCGAGAUCGCUUGAAGACGAUGGAAAAUAACUCCUCGUUUUUAAUGGACAAACGUUGCACUGUGAUCCCUACACUGACCCUUGACAAGAAUGUCGAAGGUGAUGAUCGAUUUUGCAGAGGUUUUGCCAUCCUGGUCAAUGAGAAGGGUUUUCCUGAGGAUUCAGUAAAAGACGCCGUUAAAGAGGGCAUAGCGGAAUUUGAUUGCCUUUCUUUUAACAGAUUUGUCAAUGAAGGUGAUCAGAUAGUUCAUCACCCAGACACUGGUGUUGAUAAUGAAGAGACCUCCUCAGUGGUGGUCCCAGUGCCACGCCCACACAUCCACCCAGCAUUUCUAGACAGGGAGACCAUUGGUGUGUUUCACAGCUACGAGAGGUCUGUCCGGAUAUUAAAUGAGUGUAAGCAUUUGCCAGAGGUCCAGGAGUCCCUGAGGAUAGCCGCUGAGCAUAUAGAGAAAGAUUUCUCCAUCCAAGACUACCAACAGCAGAUGAAACACCCAUUUAUUGUAUUAGAGGGUCUGGAUGCAACAGGAAAGAGCACUCUAGUCGAAAAACUGGGUCAAACACUGAAUUCAGUUGUCAUGCGCACACCACCAGACUGUGUUAGACAUCUGCGUGAAAAGUUUGAUGCUCAUCCUGAGAUCCUGCGGCGGGCAUACUACAGCCUCGGAAACUACAUCGUUGCCAAGCAGAUUGCUGAAGAGUGCCAAACACGAGCUGUGGUCAUGGACAGAUUCUGGCAGAGCACAGCUGCCUACGCCAUAGCACAUGAGUCUGGGUGUGGAGACAAGUCAGUGCUGCCCCCUAAUGAACACUGGGUCUACGCUUGGCCAGAAGACCUCAUCAAGCCUUCUGCCAUUUUGUUUCUCACCGUAAAUGAGGACAUAAGAGACGAACGCUUGACGGAAAGGAACAUGACGAAGUUGACACAUGAAGAACAACUUAUGAGGAGCAAAAAGAGUGAAUUCAGGGAAAGAUUGCUUGAAGCUUAUGUCAGAAUGCGAGACCCAGCCCCAAUUAUCAUAGAUGCCAGCAAGUCAAAGGUAGAGGUGGCUGAAGAAGCUAUGGAGGCACUGAGAAGGAGGAAGCUACUGCCGUGAAUGUAAAUUAAUACACAGUAGCAGACAUUUUAUAUGCCAUUUAUAUACCAGAAGUAACAGAUGGAGAUGCCUUGAAACUUGAGAUUGCUUUUAAUUAAUGAUAGAUGAGAGAAAUCGGGGGAAAAUACGACAUACCAGUACCUGUACUGAUGUCUUAUUUGUUUUACUUUAAGCUGUUGAACAAAGUUGAAAAACACCUUGAAGAACAAGACCAACAUUAGCAUAAGACUAGGAGUUGACAUUAAUCUUUGAAGGUUAUCAGGUUAGGUUAAUCAUUCAGUCAAAAUUUAUAUAUCUACCAGACUAACAAGGUUGUGUUAAAUGGAGGUAGAGGUGACCCCACCCCCUUUUCAAAUUGAAAAGACCUUUGUUCCAUUACACUUUGGUUUUGAAUAUAAGCAGUGUUGUCGAAAUAUACUCAUAUAGUGGAACAAUUAUCUUAUACCUCCACUGAAAGCUGUUAUUAUACCUUAUUUGGAAAGAGAUUGAUUUUUCACUGUUGAAUA